AUGGCGGGACUCGCUCUGAUUAUCAGCAUGGGUCUAACCCUCUUCCUCGGUCUUAUCCCACCAGUUGAGGGUGAAAUGGUUUAUUCGAUCAACCGUGAUGGAAUUUGGUGGUGUGGAGGAGCAGCUGUGGGGUAUCCUCCGACUAUGAUUGCUUACAAUGAUUCUAAUGUUGAUGGCGCUUGCUUCGGUUAUCUUCGCUUUGUUGUUUACUCCGAAGCGGAAGCGGAGGAUCUUUUCAAAGCAUGCCAGUAA